UUCCCCGGGCAGGCCACGCCCCCUUGCCUUUGCAAGACCUGAGCUUGGCUUACCUGUUGGGAGGCAAGUGUGAAUGUUGCCAUUGGCCAGCUUGAUGAGCAUUGCAUGGCCUUGCAGCUUCAAAGCCUGGCUGCUUCCUGCCUGGGGGGAACCCUCUGUUCUUCCUCCCACCCUGGCCAUUUGGGAGUUUGGAUGACCUCAAGGACUCCCAUCACCUUCCAUGAUUCGCUCAAAAGGCAGCCGUUUCUCCUUGCAAAGGGCUUUUGAAUAUAUUUUAUUUCCUCGCCAUCGAAACCGAGAAAAGAUCAAGGUCCCGGGUCAUUAUUUUCAAACCAAAACGGGGAAAAGGAGACCCAAAUAUGGAAAGAAAAGAUUAUUUUUCUCGGAAGACCGAAAAAUGUUGCGGCUCCAACAAGACGGUGGGACGGAUCCUGGCCGCUUGCGUGUUCUCCAUGUUCACCUUGAUGGGGAACAUAUAUAUGGAUUUAAGCCAGACUUUGCAAUCCUGGAGAAAUGCAGAGGAGGCUCUAGGUGGGCUUCCAUCCUGUCAAGACCUUCUUCUCGUCCCCAUGAUCCAUCUCAUCCAGGAGCAGAUGACGCGGAAGGAUGGAAAAGGCAGGGCGUUGAUGCUGGAGGAAUUGGCCAUCUCCUGCAAUGAGAAGCUCCACCACUGUCAAGAUCUCGAUUGCCACGUCUUCGUGAAGAUGUUGUUAGAGAAGUGGGACUCCAUACCUACGUCUGAGAAGGUCUUGGGAAAGCCUGGGAUCAUUCUGGAACUUCUACAAGCAUUUGGGUAUCCUCAGGAGGACCUCAACGCAAUGGGAUCCAACCCCGACUGGACCGGUGUGCUUCUUCUCAGGUUGCUUCUCCGAAUACAAGGCGCCAUGUUGGAAUCAUCAGAAGAUGCUCAAGGCUUAUGGCUACAGGUCUUCAACCCGUACGCCAUUGGCUCAUCAGAAAGCGUCCGGGAAUGCGGGGCCGAGAAGAACCUCAGCCUUCUCUUCUCCACUCAACGCUCCUCAAAGAUAGGGAAGGACCUCAACUUUCCCACCCAAAGUUCUUCAGAGAUGAAGGACCUCAACUCUUCCAUCCAGUAUCCCCCAAAGAGGGAGAAGAACCCCAGUUCUUCCAACCAAAGUUCUUCAAAGAUGAAGAACGUCAACAUUUCCACCCAAAGUUCCUCAAAGAAACUCAACCUUUCCACCCAACAUCAAAGCGACCUUCUCUUCUACGCCCAAAGUUCCUCGAAGAUGAAGAAGAACCUCAACUUUUUCAUCCAAAAUUCCUCAAAGAUUGAGAACCCCAACUCUUCCAACUCAAAUCAAAGCAAUCUCUUCUCCAUCCAAAGUUCUUCAAAGAUGAAGAACCUCAACAUUUUCACCCAAAGUUCCUUGAAGAGGGAGAAGAACCCCAACUCUUCCACCCCAAAUCAAAGUGACCUUCUCUUCUCCAUCCAAAGUUCUUCAAAGAGGGAGAAGACCCCCAACUCUUCCACCCAACGUCAGAGCAAUCCCUUCUUCACCCAAAAUUCCUCAAAGAACCUCAAUGUUUCCACCCAACGUUCUUCAAAGAGGGAGAAGACCCCCAACUUUCCCACCCCACGGUUGAGCAACCUUCCCAUCUCCUUGAAAGACCUGGAUUCCCUGACGUCCUGCUUGCUGGAGAAGACCCGUCGGAGGCUGUCCAGGAAGUCCCGGGAGGUGCUGUCCUUGGUGAGCUUGAAGGUCACCCUGUGGCUGCUGACAGGGCUACUCUACCCGGCGGCAGCGUUGUCCUUCACGGAGAUGACCGGCUGGGUCCAGCGCUACGCCUGGCGGCUCAAGCAGCGGACGGAGGCCCUCCAGCACGAGCGGCACCUGGCCGAGGACCUCCUGCACCAGAUGCUGCCCAGGUCGGUGGCCAAGCAGCUGCGGAGGCGGGAGAAGGUCGAGGCCGAAAGCUAUGACCAGGUGACCAUCUUCUUCUCGGACGUGGUGGGCUUCACCGCCAUUGCCGCCUCCUGCUCCCCGCUGCAAGUGGUGGAGAUGCUCAACGGCCUCUACGUCUGUUUCGACACCCGGAUCGAGUCCUACGACGUCUACAAGGUGGAGACCAUCGGAGACGCCUACAUGGUGGUGAGCGGCCUGCCCGAGCGCAACGGCGAGAGGCACGCCCACGAAAUCGCCCAGAUGUCCCUGGACCUGGUGGCCGCCGUACGGCAGGUCCUGGUCCCCCACAUGCCAGACAGGAAACUCGAGUUACGGGUCGGCAUUCACACGGGGCCAUGUGUUGCUGGCGUCGUGGGGCACAAAAUGCCCCGCUAUUGCCUCUUCGGGGACACGGUUAACACCGCUUCUCGGAUGGAGUCCACCAGUUUGCCUCAGAAGAUUCACAUCAGUUCGGCCACGUAUUUGGCGCUGCUUGAGGACGACGCCUAUGAGAUGGAGCCGAGAGGGGAGAUCGAAGUGAAGGGCAAAGGGAGAAUGCAGACCUACUGGCUCCUGGGGAGCAAGAACCACAGCGUCCAAAACGACAGCCUGGUCUGCCACUGGAACCCAGGCCUCUCCCGGGAAGCGGCGAAAGGGGAGCGGAGCCGGGCCUCGACGCGCCAGCCAUCCCGAGAGGAGAAGCGGGUGCCGGAUUUGUUGGCGCUCCCCGACGGAUCGGCGGAAGCAGCCGGGAUAUUGCCAGGGUUUGUGGAACAAGAGUGCCACGGCCUUUAGGGUGCCACAUAUCCCUUAUUUUUGGUCUCGGAAAUCCCCCCACGAGCCACCAGAUGUCACCAAAGUCUUAUCUGGACCGGGUUUGCUGCUUCACUGAUGGUAGCGCUGGAGUUACACUUCCACAGUGUCCCUGUUCUGACUUACAUACACAUUCAACUUCAGAACUGAUCUCGUUUGUAACUAGGGGACUGCCUGUAUUUAUUUAUUUAUUCUGUUUAUUUUAUUUAUUCUGUAUUUUGACCCCGCUCUGUCUUAGUCCGAAGGGGACUCACAGCGGUUUCCAAAUUGGCCAUAAUUCAAUGCCACAGUACGACAUAAAAUAUAUAAAAUAUGAAAUUACA